AUGGUUCUGGUGCAGAGACGCUCGAUAUUUACUCCUUGCCUGAGGAAAGUGACUGCAAUCGUCACUUGCCUGGCCUUUUUUCUUUGGGCUUCUACUGGCCUCAACUUUGGUGGGACAUCACAGAACUCCAAGCCACCCCGCUAUGCCUUUGCCACCAUUUUAACGGCGGGGAAUGACUUGGAUUUUCCCGAUGUAGAAGAGCCUUACCUUCAGGGGGCGCGGUUACCCACCUUCCAACUACUUCGCAACCCACGCACGCGAACUAGGAUCGAUAAUGUACCAUUUCUGAUCUUGGUCACACCUGAUAUACCUCAACAACAUCGUGAUAUCUUGAACAGAGAAGGAGCUACCGUCGUCCCAGUGGAGAGUCUUGAAUAUGACUGGGGUUCCUCGCAACGGUGGGAUACCGUUCUCGCAAAGUUGAGCCUGUGGAAGCUUAAAGAAUACGACAAAAUCGUAUUUCUGAAUGUGGAAUCAGUCAUAUUCAGUCCUAUGUGUGACAUUUUUGAAGAUCCUGCGACAACCAUGCGUGCCGUCACCAACCCUACCGGAAAGAUGCCAAAGAACUAUAUGAUCGCCGCGCCGCAACACUCUCGGAUGAACUUGAAUACGCAACUUGUGUCCGGUCAGGAAUCUUACCAGAAGAGUCGCAUGGAUAAUGGGUUCUUUAUUCUACAUCCUUCAAAAGAUCUCUACAGCUACUACGUUAGUUUGCAUCACAUACUGGAUAAAGAUGACUUUGUUCGUCAUGAACAAAAUCUUUUCAACUACGCUCAUCGAGUAGACGGCCCCAUGCCUUGGCAAAACCUCGGGCCUGAGUGGAACCUGAAAGAUGCAAGCCAGUUUGAUUACGAGAAAGGAUUGAGAUCAAUCAAUCAUAAAUGGUGGCGCCCUAUCGCAGACGAUUUUGUAGGGGAUCAUAUCGCGAUGUCAAUGGAUGAGAUGACUGCCUACUUGAACCAUUGA